ACGUGUUAAAGCGAGCCAGUCACGAUCUUUCAGACGAUCGCAAUUUGUAUAAGAACAAUCACGCAAUUAUAAUAAUCUGCAAAACAUUACGAUGAAGAUGAAAAAAAUGAAAUGUAUUUGAGACUAUUAAAUUUGGUUCCGUCCGUUUCUUCUCCGCACGUACGACACGUUCUCUUCUAAGCGUUUCUGAUUCUGUCGCUACCAACUAAUUAAAUAUGCAAAAGCACAGUGAUCGAAAGUGGGAGGAGGCAGAUCGCUGGAAAUGCAAUUGAGAUGGACACCAAAUCAACUUCUCGAAAAGAUAUUUUUUUGAAACAGUGAUCGAGUUUUGUUCCACAUUAUUUGGCAAGAACUCAUGCAGAGUAUGCACACGAAUGGGUUGCUCUCUAAAAAUCAUUAUUCAUUAAUGAAGACGCUAACGAUGUCUAUCUUCCUGUUGCUAAUUUUCUCGACCUUCGUGCUUAGAGCAUCAGCAGUUCAACAAUUUUCUCUAGAACCACAGAGCACACAGGCAGUUAUUGGCUUGGAAAAAGUCAUUCUGAAAUGUGUAGUGACCAACAAGAUAGGUGAACUCUUUUGGUUAAAGGAUAGUCACAUACUUGGAUCAGACAAAGAUCCUCAAUUGUCGGGAGUCCCACGAUAUUCAAUUGUUGGCGAUGCAAAUAAUGGCGAAUAUAAUCUGCAGAUCCAGGAUGUUGUAUUGGAAGAUGAUGGACAAUAUGAAUGCCAAGUACUAGCAGGCACCGAGGGAGAAACACUUCGAUCGGCACCACUUGCAAAACUGACGGUCAUACGUCCUCCCAUAUCAGUUUCCAUUGAAAAUUCUCCUACUUUAUCUGCUGUUGAAGGAAUUCCUAUUGAACUUGUCUGUAGAGGGCUCAAGGGUAAUCCAGCAGCAGAGAUUAAAUGGUACAGAGAUGGAGCAGUUGUAGAGGGCGCUGUUUAUAGUACUGAACCUUCUCAGAAUGAUCCUACUGGCAAGCUUCAUGAUGCUAAGAGUGUGUUAAGUAUCACACCAACACUAACGGAUGAUGCGGCAGUUUAUACAUGCCAAGUUACCAAUGCUGCGCUCAACGAACCAUAUAAAGCAAUCAUUGACUUGGACGUGCAAUAUAAGCCUGUUGUAGUUAUCGAGUCAAGCCAUCAGACCGUUAAGGAAAACAAUGAGGUGAUAUUCAACUGUGUUGCAGACGCUAAUCCAGAUACCAUGACUUAUGCUUGGUAUAGGAGUGAUGUCAUUAUCGAGGGGGCAUCAGAGGCUCAGCUGCAGAAGAGAAUCACUAAAAAUGACAAUGGUGUGACUUUUAAGUGUGUGGCUACAAAUGCAGUUGGUAGCGGAGAGGAUAGCAUCCAACUCAAUGUCCAUUUUGCUCCAUUUUUCACCACUUAUCCCGAAGAUAUCUCAGUUGAUUUCGGUGAACAAGCAAUCAUAGAAUGUGCUGCAGAUGGUAACCCUAAGCCAGCGAUCAAGUGGACACGGUUAGGCUCCAGGGUCACCAUAAGUACAAUGAAUCGCCUGCAGUUUGAUACUGUAAAAGACAGCGAUGUUGGCAUGUAUGUCUGCACAGCAACUGUCACAGGGUUUGAGGCGGAAGUUCACUAUGCAAGAUUAGAUAUUAAUAGUAUCCCUGUGAUUGAGAGCAAGGAAGAGCAAUGCACUGAACUAGGUAGUACAGCCCAGAUCAACUGUUUCACUGACACCAAACCAGACCCAAUGAUGAUUGAAUGGAACUGGGAUGACGGAGACAUGCGACUUGAAACUGGCACAUCCAUAGAUCGUUUUUCUGCCAAGAAGGAAGGGAUCAAGGGUGGCGUAAGGAGCAUUCUUUUCAUAGAAGACACAGCAGAAGAAGAUAUGAAGCCCUAUAAUUGCACUAUAUGGAAUGAGAAAGGGGUUUCCUGGCUUAUGAUCACUCUUAAACCAUGUGAAAUGGAUAUGAUUAUAUUCAUAAUCAUUGGUGUGGUAUCUGGUUCAAUUCUUAUUUUGACACUGACUGUUAUCGGUAUCAUGUGCUGCAAGUUCAGAUACAACAGAAGAAAAAAAUUAACGUUAAAUGAAGAGGAGGAAGAAAAACAAUCAGUGGAAAUCAUUCGUCGGUUAUCAGACUAUGACCUCUCAAAGGAAGAGAAAGAGAGCAAAUACAAUAAGGAGUACGAGGAGUCCAAAGGUUCACCCGAGAGCACACGCAGCAGUCACGAUCGUUACGCAGUGCCCUCAAAGAUCAUGCAUAAACGACGCGACUCUUGGGAUAGCUAUGACCGUCCACCAUCUAGAGGAAUGCGUUACUACAACGGGCCUUACUCUAGGCGUCACUUUAACGAUUAUGUUGAGCCAGAGUAUCUACCUUAUAGAGGACGAUCUUGUCAUGAUUAUGCUGAGAGACCGAGAGACUUUCCACGUCACCGUGAGAAUGAAAAGGCCCGUGAUGACUACUACAAGGACAGUCUAUAUAGGAAUAACAGGUACAACAGGAGGAAGGAUGAAUACAGAGAACGAGAAUGGAAAAAGAAGAAAGAAGAUAUUAUAGAAACCAGAGAAGCAGUUGAGACAAUCUCUAAUCAUUCUAAUGACAGUGAACAUAACCUGGCAACAGACGUUUAAAGCCUUGUCUAUAAACCAUUAUAUAGGAAUUAUUUUGAAGCAGUGCCGCCAACGUCUCACAACUCACUGGGGGACUUAGCCUGAAGAGCUGGCUAGUUACAAAUGAGCACCGCGGAGCGCAUUGCGCCGCUAGACCUUUGCUAUAGCAGCAGUAGACAACACAUACGAUCAUACUAAUUACUGUAUUAUGUAAACAUUGAAAUAGCUUUUUAAGACUAUAUACAUUUCCUUUUUUCGUUCAAAAAUAUUCAUGCUCAUUAGUAAUUUAGUUUUAUCGUUUAAUUAUUCUAUGAUGGUAGCUACACAGAGUGAAAUGCUAGGCCUCUAAAGUUCCCCAGUGGUGGUUGCCAGGUUAUUGGAAAUGGUUAAUGGUGUAUACUAUCAAAUUUUAUUUGACAAAACCAUAAUACAUGCCUAAAUAUGGUCAUAAUGACAUCACAUCAUGUCUAUAUAUGGGCAUACAACUGUUUUUUGUCAAACAAUUUGAUUUUGGACAGAGUUUAAGGAUUGUUUAUGUAGCUAUGUAGUACAGAGCCAGUCUGUCACAUGACCAAAAUGAGGGACAAGGACAGAAGUUACUGUAUAAAUGAGAUAAAAAUAAUUUUUCCAAUUUAAGGUUCAAAAAGAAAAUUAUGAGUUUUUUAACAAAUUUCUAUUCUUCUUCUAAAGGUAUUAUUUACAUAAAACUAAAGAUUUUUUAAAACGUAUAUAUACAUGUAGCUGUAUAGUAAUAUAUGUGUAGCUGUAUAGUACAGAGCCAGUCACAUGACCAAAAUGCAAAAUGAGGGGCAUGGACAGAAGUUACUGUAUAAAUGAGAUAAAAAAUAAUUUAAAAAAAUUAAGGUUCAAAAAUCAAAUUAAGAGUUUUUUUAACAAAAUGUGUAUUCUUCUUCCAAAAAUAUUUUUUACAUAUUAAAACUAAAGAUUUUUAAAAACAUAUAUAUACAUGUAGCUGUAUAGUACAUAGCCAGUCACAUGACCAAAAUGAGGGGCAUGGACAGAAUUAGUUUUUUAACAAAAUGUGUAUUCUUCUAAAAAUAUUUUUUACAUAUUAAAACUAAAGAUUUUUAAAAACAUAUAUAUACAUGUAGCUUUAUAGUACAGAUCCAGUCACAUGACCAAAAUGAGGGGCAGGGACAGAAGUUACUGUAUAAAGGAGAUAAAAAUAAUUUAAAAAAAAAUUAAGGUUCAAAAAUAAAAUUAAGAGUUUUUUAACAAAAUGUGUUCUUCUUCCAAAAAUAUAUUUUUUUUACAGAACUAAAGAUUU